AUGAUUUUCACAUCUCAGCAACCAAGCCUUUCAAUCCCCGAAGACAUUAGUCUAUGGCAAUGGCUCUUCGAUUCACCAACGUCGCCACUUUAUCAGCAUGGGACUUCAGGUCUGGGAGGCUUUACUAAUGCCGCCACGAAGGAGCGAGUAAGAUAUGAUGAGGUCAAAGAGUAUGCAACGUACAUUUCGACAGCACUGGUGAAGAAAUUUGGUCUGUCCGCUGGUCAGACUGUGGCUCUUUUCAGUCCGAACACUGUUUGGUAUCCAAUUGCGAUGUUUGCAACCAAUCGGAUUGGUGGCAUAAUAUCAGGGGCCUCUCCAGCCUACAAUGUUGAAGAAAUGACAUAUGCACUGAAGACUGCACAGGCAAAAGUUUUGAUGACGGCACCAUCUUCUCUCUCUGUUGCAGUACCUGCGGCCCGAAAUGCAGGAAUACCCCAGGAUAGGAUCAUUCUCCUUGAAGGAAGUCAAGAUGGCUUCACAAACAUUAAGGAUCUUUUGAAUUUUGGAAAGAAAUUAGGCAAAGAUGGCCAAGUUGCACCAUUCAAGAUUCCCAUGGGUGGAACAAAUAAAAAGACAUGCGGAUUUCUCAGUUUCAGCAGUGGAACAACCGGUUUGCCUAAAGCUGUGAUGAUAGCGCACCACAACGUAAUUGCACAGUGUAUGCAGGUGGAACAACUUACCUCGAAGAAUAACAGAAAAGUCCUUGCAGUGCUUCCACUAUUUCAUAUUACUGGUCUCGUGCAUCAGAUGCACCUUCCAGUGCUGCGAAAUGCAGAGGUUUACAUGCUUCCUGCAUUUACAAUGGAAGCUAUGCUCCAAACAGUGGUCGCAUAUCAAAUAACAGAGCUUUUACUUGUGCCACCGAUAUUGAUUAGGCUCCUGAGAGAUCCAAUUGUUCAAAAGUACGAUCUCCAACACAUACAGAAGUUUUCAUCCGGCGCAGCUCCACUAUCCAUGGAGGUUAUUCAAGAGCUUAAGCGCCGAUUUCCCCACACCGGCUUCAAACAAGGAUACGGAAUGACCGAAUCGUGCAGUUGUAUCACUGCACAUCCUUUGGAAAAAUCAACCUACGAGUACGCACAUCGAGUAGGCACUAUUGUCGCCAAUACAGAGGUAAAGAUCAUAGACCCAGAGAAUGGUAAGGAGCUUGGCUACAGAGAGCCCGGUGAGAUUCUUGCGAGAGGCCCACAAGUCGUAAUGGGCUACUUGAAUAAUGAAAAGGCAACAAGUGAAACCUUCGACUCUGAAGGCUGGCUUCAUACUGGUGAUGUUGGCUACAUGGACCAAGAGGGCUUCAUCACUAUCACCGAUCGGAUCAAAGAAAUGAUAAAAGUCAAAGGUAUCGCGGUUGCUCCAGCUGAGCUCGAGGAUCUUCUUCUUGGGCAUGCAAUGGUGGAGGAUGUGGCUGUUGGUGGGAUUCCAGAUGAGUAUACCGGUCAGCGUCCUAAGGCGUACGUCGUACUCAAGUCGGACGCUUUUCAAGGCAAAGACAGACAAGCGAUUAUGGACUUGCUGCAGGAACUCAUCGAAUAUGUGCAAAAGAACAAAGUUCGCCACAAAUGGAUAACAGAGGUUGAAAUGCUCAAAGAAAUCCCGAAGAGCGCAAGUGGAAAGAUACUGCGUCGGAUGUUGCGGGCACGAGAGCAAGACAAGGGCAUUAAGGAUCGUUAUAUAGCGACUCGUGCAUCAACCAGGCCAAAGCUAUAG